AUGAAGACAAUGAGAGAGAAGUACUCAAUGGAUGGCAAGAGAUAUCUCGGAGUGGCGCUAAAACUGAAGUCAAAUACAUUUUGGGUGAUGUCUUCGGCUAUCAAUCGUCCCCUCAAUGUCUCGGAAAAUGAUUUACAAAUUAAUGAUUGGAUUGAAGAAAUCAAUGGCAAACCCGUCGAGUCGUUCAUUCAAUUGGAGAAAGAGUCGCAAAGCCUUAGGGAUGACCAGCCUGUCCCAUUAAUGGCGUCAAUACCGGCUAUAAUAGCGGGUAAUGAUUGGUAUGAAUACAUCCGUCACAACAAUACCACCAAAAGUCACACAAACUCUUCAUUCAAACCAUUGAUAACUACAAGAAUCGCUCAUUUAUUGAAUCCGUUAGCAAAGGAGGAGAUCACACAAGUAGGUAAUCUGGCGCUGCCAUCGGUGGUAAUGGUUGUCUCAAAAAGUAUGACUGGAGUCGGAACUGUUGUCGACAAGUCUGGACUUAUUAUAACCAACUGUCACGUAGUGGCGGACUCGCAGUACGUGAAUGUGAAGUUCACGGCACCCGUAGAGGCCGCGCAUCUCUUUCACAAUAAGCAAACUGUGACGACAGUCGAUGUUAUAAAGGGUCGAGUGGUGUACUGUCAGCCCGAUAAGGAUCUGGCGGUCAUUCGGGUGUACGUGAAGGAGGACUCAUUACCGGCACUUGUAUUGUCUGAUCGCCAGGAGCUGAAACCCGGCGAACCGGUACUAGUGUUUGGUUACCCCGACUUAUCGUUGAGUACAACAGUGGGUGUGUUGAAAAAGUCGGACCCGAGUAAUAAUGUAAACGUAAACUCUCUCCUAAUGGGCCGACAUAUGGAGCACUUGGCACCGACUGCCCCCGGCUUCUCCGGCGGCCCUAUACUCGAUGGUAAGGGCGCUGUCGUCGGUAUACAUACGGGUAGAUCCAAAUUUACCGGAAUUGGUUCGCUGGCCACCGAUGCUAACGAAAUUAAUGGCAAUCGUCUUAAUUCGUUCACUCAAUUGGAUGAAGAGUUGCAAAGCCUUAGUGAUCGCAAAACUAUGGUAUGGCUUACUAUUACCAGACGGACUAAGAUUAGUGUCCCAUUAGUGGCGUCAAUACCGGCUAUAAUAGCGGGUAAUGAUUGGUAUGAAUACAUCCGUCACAACAAUACCACCAAAAGUCACACAAACUCUACAUUCAAAUCAUCGCUAACCACACGAAUCGCUCAUUUGUUGGAUCCGUUGGCGACGGAACAGAUAAAACAAGUAUACAAUCAGUCGCUGCCAUCAGUGGUAAUGGUUUUUACAAAAGCGGAAAACAAUGGCACGGGAUUUGUUGUGGACAAGUCUGGACUUAUUAUAACUAACUGUCAUGUGGUUGAGGACUGGCAGUACGUGUACGUCCAGCUCACAAAAUGGGUAGAGGCCACAGAUGUCUACCCUAAUUAUAAAACUAAAGGACUAAUCCAUCACAUAAGGGGUCGAGUGGUGUACUGUCAGCCCGAUAUGGAUCUGGCGGUCAUUCGGCUGUACGUAAAGAAGAACGCAUUGCCGGCACUUGUAUUGUCUGAUCGCCAGGACCUGAAACCCGGCGAACCGGUACUACUCUUUGGUUUUCCCGAUAAAUCGUGGAGUACAGCUCCGGGUGUGUUGAAAGGGUCGGACAGUCCUUCCAUUGCCAUUGAUGUGGACUAUAAUUAUAGCGGAAAGAACUUCUACUUAUUGGGCAGACAUGUGGAGCACUUAACGCCUUCCACCCAAGGCUUCUCCGGCGGUCCUAUACUCGAUGGUAAGGGCGUUGUUAUCGGUAUAGAAAGCUGUGGACUUUUUACGGGAAGUGGACCACUGGCCACCGAUGCCACCGGUAUGUCAACCAAUGAGCUAUUAGUGGGAAACGGGUGGAAGAGUGUGAUUGUAUUCAUAAACUAA